CGUGCUAUCGCAGAAGACGAAGAACUGCACGAACGGUCGCGUGCCUCCUCGUGCCGAUUUUUCUGGAACCCUUCCUCAGACGUUCCAAGCCCAGAUCUCGGAAAUGCAAGCCGCUCAGCCUCAGCAAGGCCCCCCUCCAGCCGCAGCGAUGGACCCUUCUGCGUUUGACCCUUCAGCCCGCCCCGCACCGUCCCCUUGGCGGCAACUGCUAAUGUUGGUGUGGAAGAACGUCUACGUGAAGCGGCUGUGUCGCCGCUACACGACUACGCUGCUCGAGAUUGUGCUGAUGGUGGUGCUCCUGUUGGGGAUCCAGGAGAGCGCCGUGGUGCGCGAGCCGCUGAUUCGCAAGGGCGACACCAUCUUUUCGCCCAUCAGCCCAACCACCUUCUGGGACACGGAGCACGACAUGGUGCAAAUCAAACAGGUGUUGUAUGCGCCCACUGACAACAGGUACUUGUCCCGGCUGACGCGUGAAGCCAUGAAGACGCUGCACGUGCCCGGCGUGAUGGGAAUGCACUCGGAAAAAGAGCUCGUAGCUGCCAUGAUGCUACAGAACCGGACGCCCGUGCACACCGUGGGGCUGCUCUACGGCAACGUGAAGCCCGGCGACAAGUUCAGCGUGCCGAUUGACCUGCGGAUCACCUUUUUCGGCAGCAGCCUGCCUCUGGACGUGCUCGUCCACUACCCCGAGCGGAUCCUGUCUCAGCCGGAGGGACCAUCAGCCGAGGAGCGCUUCCCAGAGAUGAACACCUUGCUCCCUAUCAUUGGGACGCUACAGCAGCUGCACCUGGAAAUGCUGGUGUCUCGGCACAACCAGUCCGGGCACUUGCUGCAGCCCGUGGUUCUGCAGCGCUUCCCUUACCCGAGCUACAUCGAGUACAAGGACACGCAUAACUACGCACUGGUGCUGACCCGGUUCUGUGUCGGCAUGCUGAUCCCCUUCGCUUUCUUCGUUGCCAUGCUCAGCGAAGAGAAGGUCACAGGCAUGAAAGAGAUGCUCCGGCUGGUCGGCAUAGGUGACUGGGUGUACUGGUCCAGCCACUACCUGAGCGUGGCCUUCGUGCACGUCAUCAUAGCGACUCUCAUGAUGCUGUUCGUGUGCGUCAAGAGGAACGAGGAAGGGCGCUCCUUCAUCCAGUACAGCGACCCCAUGAUCGUGUUUUUCAUCCUGCUGUGCUUCGGAAGCUCAUGCACUAUGCACGCCACGCUACUGUCCAUGUUCUUCAAAAGCCCACACAGUGCCGUGGCCGGUGCCAUGGUGUACUGGACGUUCAGCUGCGUCAUGCCGUUCCUGCUUCUGGAGAACGACGGCGGCCAGGGUUACCACUUCAUCAGACGCUGGCACAAACUCGCCACCUGCGUCUUUCCCGGCAUGAGCCUGCACUGGAGCUUCCGCGUGCUGGAGCGCUUCGAGAAGUUUGUGACUUUUGGAGCCAACUGGAGCAACUUCUACGACCGCAGCGCCACUCCAGACAACGUGACACUGGCAGAGAUCGUGUUUAUAGGCCUGAUAUGCGACUGUUUCAUCGUGUUUGCAGUCUGGUACCUAGACAACGUGGCGCCCGUGGGUCCAGGAAUCGCCAAGCCUUUCUACUACCCGUUUCAGAUGAGCUACUGGGUUCCAGCUAUCAUAUCCAUUACGCCACCAGCCAUGACCACGGUCGAGAUCCUCAACUUUCAAGAGGAUCCGAAGGGCCUGCCAGCUGCAAUAGAAAUUGUGAAAGUCAGCAAAGAUUACGAUGAGCUCAUCGCCAUCCAAGACGUGACGCUGAAGAUCUUCGAGAACCAGGUCACGGUGCUACUCGGACAUAAUGGCGCGGGCAAGUCGACGCUAUUGAACAUGGUCACUGGAUUCACAAAAUGUAGCUCGGGCAACAUCGUAGUUGGCGGCUUUGACAUCACGACCUGCACAAGGGACGCCCGCGAGAGCUUUGGUUAUUGCCCUCAAUAUAACAUAUUCUUCAACGACCUCACGGUUGAGGAGCAUCUGAUCUUCUUCGCCGCGGUCAAGGGCACUCCCUACCGGCACGUGCGGCUGGAAGUGGUCACCCUUCUAUACGACUUGGAUCUCAUGCCGUACCGUUCAGAACUGGCCGCCAACCUUUCCCUAGGCUUGCAGAGGCGCCUGUGUAUAGCCGUGGCUAUUGUGUCCAAGCCAAAGGUGGUCAUCCUAGACGAGCCCACGGCCAACAUGGAUCCGGAAGGCCGUCGUGAGAUGUGGGAGCUGCUCCUCAAGAUACGCCGGUACUGUUCCGUCUUCCUCACGACGCAGCAUCUCGACGAAGCCGACGUGCUCGGUGACUGGAUCAUCGUCUUGGCGAAUGGUCAUGUCCGGUGUGCUGGUUCCCCAGCAUUUCUGAAACAUCGCUUCGGCACGGGGUACCACAUUAUCAUCAACAAGGGGCCGGAAGGUUGCGAUAUCACAUCCAUUGAGACUCUUCUCCGCAAGUACGCGCCCAAAGCCAAACUGGAGAGUGACUCGCCCAACGAGGCCGUCUUCAUUUUGGGACAGAUUGUCUCCACACGUCUCAUCGUCACCAUGUUCAAGGACUUGGAACAGCGCAGCAAGGAACUUGGCAUCGACACUAUCGGCGUCAGGGUGACUACGCUCGAAGACGUGCUCGUCCAGGUCGGCGAAGAGCACCACGAUGCGAGGCAAUUUGAGAUCGGAGAGCAGCACGCCUCCAUGUUUGCUGUCAAGGACGACCUAGUGAAGGUGAUGGCCACCACAGUGUCCGAGAAUCCGGGCCUGCUGACACAGAUGUGGGCCGUGCUUGCCAAGCGCGCCACGUGCAUCUGGCGCGAAAGGAAGCAGUCGCUCUUGAGCUGGCUGCUGCCUCCGCUGCUGCUGACGGUGCUGUUCCAGCUUGAGUACAUGGCGCUGCGCCGCAGCAACUGGGACGUCGAGCGGGUAUCCGACACGCUCGCCUUAACGUUCCCCGACGUGGUGCACUAUGCACAGGGACUCGUGCAAAUCAAGCACCCGAAGGAUGGAAAGUUCUUCUACGACUACAUACUGCCUCAGCUGAGCGCAAGCUCCCAUUUGCUGCAAACCAUCGAUCCAGACAUGGACGUUACCGAAAAGGCUCUUAAUAUGUCGAAAUGGAACCUGCGUUACUAUAUAUUUGGCCUGCACUACGGAUUUCAGUUUCUAGACGAAAACAGUACCCUGCUGUGGUACAACGGCGAUAUCCCGCAGUGCGCGCUGAUCAUCACAACGAUCUACAACAUGGCGCGCCUGAAAUACCUCACCGGCAUCGAUGACGCCGUUAUUCGCGUUAAAGUGAAGCAGCUGGACUACGGCUCCAAGGUGGCGGAGGACGAGAACGUGAAGAGCCAGAACACGUACCGUGACCUGCUACCCAAGGUGCUGCGGUCCAUCUUCCUGCCGUUGGCAUCUAGCCUCAUGUGCAGCAACUUUGUGCUGCUGCCGAUCACCGAAAGGGUGCAGAAGGUGAAGCACCUGCACAGCAUCGCAGGCAUUGGCUCGUUCCUCUACUGGAGCUUAAGUUUUAUUUCCGAUUUUGUGUUUUACAUGGGCACAGCCAUCUUUGUAUUGCCGCCCAUUAUCUAUUACCAAGCGAAAACGCUGAACUACAGCUUCAUGCAAUGGAUCUUCUGUUUGAACAUCCUGCACGGCUUUGCCGCUCUGCCGUUUAUCUACCUAUUCUCCUUGAUAUUUUCCCAUCCUGGCGUUGGAUUUUCCAAGAUGGCGAUAUCGACGUUCGUCAUCUCUUUGCUGGGCUGCAUGGCGUCGGUGUUUAUGGAGCACUACGCGUUCACCCUGGACAGCUUCCCGCUGACGGUGGUGAUAGAAAUAGUGCUACAAGUUCUGCGAUUGCUGCCUUCCUUUUCGUACUCCAGGGGCAUGACGAAGCUGUUGCAGCUUGCCAGUGAGAACUUCAUCUGCCGCAUCGGUGGACAAGUGCUCGAGGCCGCCUGCUUCGCCAAGACCGCCGAGUCAAAGCUCUCGUUGAAACAAUGCUGUGCGCAUAUGGACGACCCCGACCCGGAGCAGUACGCAAUCAAUCCACUGGAUAUCCACCCGUAUUCUGUAUUCUACGAGAUGCUAACGCUCGUUCUUGAAGGUCCUGUGCUUUUUAUCUUUUUAUUAUUCCUUGACGGCUCCUGGCUCCCUCGUCUCGACCAACGACUGAGUGAAGCAGCGCCUGAACAGCGACUCCGACUCGAAGUCCAUCCUGGUGCUCAAGGCCUCGCCGCAAACGUAGGCGGCAGAAAGGCUGCCAAGCGCGAAGACACGGACGUGUGCAAGGAAGACAAGCUGGUCACUGGCAUACUCUACCAGCGCCUGCCGCCGCCACAGGGAGUCAGCCCAGCAAUGAUUGUCUGCCGCUUGGAGAAGGCGUACGGCUACGUCGACACCAACGUGGUGCUGAAGGGCCUGAGUUUCACCGUAAGACCGUCCGAGUGUUUCGGUCUCCUUGGCGUCAACGGUGCUGGUAAAACGACUACGUUCAAAAUACUCACGGGGGAGAUACUUCCGCACAAUGGCGACGCCUUCGUUAACGGAUUCUCAGUCGUGAACGAGGUGACCCAGUUCCGUCGCUACCUGGGCUACUGUCCGCAGCGCGGUGGACUUUUAGACUUGCUGACUGGCAUGGAGACCCUGAUCUUGUACACCCGGCUGCGUGGCAUCCCGCUCACCCAGGAGUACCUCAACACGCUGCUCUCUAUUUUUCACCUGGAGGACUUCGCAGACCAGCUUGUGUCGAGAUACAGUGCCGGCAACCGGCGCAAGCUGUCCAUGUGCAUCUCGAUGAUCGGCAUGCCUAACGUGCUGCUGCUGGACGAACCCUACGCCGGCGUUGGGACCACAUCGCGGAAGCGCAUCGUGAAUUACCUCAGCGCACUCCAGCGUGUGGCCAAGAUGUCCAUCGUGCUGACCUCGCACAGCCUUUCGGACGUGGAGUUUCUCUGCAACCGCGUCGCCAUCCUGGGCAAGGGAAAGUUGCAAUGCCUCGGCUCCGUGGCGCACCUCAAGGAUAAGUUCGGCAAGGGUUACACCAUCACGGUGAAGACGUACCCGGAUAAGAAGGAAGACAUACUCUACCAUCAAGACGUGGCACAUGCCGUGCUCAAGAACUUCCCCCAUGCGGAUCUCGUCCACAGCUUCGAGGGCUUUCUCGAGUUCCGGAUGUCCCGAAUCCAAAUGCUGUGGAGUGAAAUGUUCACGCGCAUGUCUCGCAUCAAGAAACGCUUCAAGUUGCAAGACUUCUUCAUCACAGACACAUCGUUGGAGCAGAUAUUCCUCAGCGUUACGCGGAAGGAGGCCAGUGAGGCAGCCGCCAAGGAAGCCGCCAAGGCGAUCGAGCCCACGGUCAAUCCACUUGCGACUACCAUUGGGAUAUUAUGAGUGGCUCAGUAAAGCUCAUGCUCCCUACCUGGGCCUCGUCAUGAACAACAUAGGUUUUGAUAUAGCCGCCUAUCGCAUGCGGAUUGAACAUGAGUGCGAAACAGCGAUAGGGUUUUGCACAAAAAGAAAGCACAGACAUAACGUUCUAUAUCGUUUGUAUUCACUGUCUCGACGGGGUAGACCAAU